UUUCCCGUCCCUCUCUCACGCAGCGUGAGUCCCCGAGUCGCGAAUAAAUCGGUGAGGGCGGUUACUGCGAUCCCCCCUCUUCUCUCCUCGCCGGGCAACGCGAAUUCGCCCAUGGCCGCCACGGGCUGGUCCGACCUGCCGUCGGAGCUCCUCGCGGAGAUCGCUGGUGGCCUCGUCGAGCUCGGCGACAUCGCGCGCUUCCGGUCGGUGUGCUCCUCCUGGCGCUCGGCGGCGGGUGCGGCGGCGGCCGCGCCCCCGCCGCAGCCGCCGUGGCUCCUCCUCCCGUCCUCCCCUUCCAGGCUCUUCUUCUGCCCGCGGGAGGACCGCCUCUACCCGGACCUCCGGAUGCCCGCGGUCACGGCGGAGGCCCACCACCGGCGCCGUCGCCUCUACGCGUCCCCGCAUGGGUGGACGCUCGCCAUCGACCCCACCGACCUCGCGGCGUCCCUCAUACACCCCUUCACCGGCGCCGUUCGCGCACUCCCGCCGCUCCCCGCCUUCUUCGCCGAGACGGACGACCUUGCCUGGGACUGGUCGCCGCACGGCGUCAUGGCGUCCUGCGGCGAGGGCCUCCUCUUCUGCGCCUCUGACCCGCCCGCCGCCGCCUGGGCCCCGAUCCCCGCCAUGGCCGACUGCAACGCCAGCAGCAUCAACUACUCCGUCGGCGAGUUCUUCGUCUUUGAGGAGGACGUCUGCCGCACCACCAUCGUGGACGCCGUCACCCUCGCCAUCGCCGCCGUCAUCCCGGCGCCCGCCGUCGAGCUCCCCGCCGAGGCGCGCAUCGCGGUGGCCGGCGACGAGCUCUUCCUUCUCGUCAAGUCCAAAUGGAUGUACCUCUUCGGCGACGACAUCGACUUCUCCAAGGCCUUCCGGGUGGAUCACCGCAGCGUUGACCCGGCCUGGCAGGAGCUCACGGGCAUCGGAGGGCGCGCCCUGUUCGUGGAUUCCCUUCACGGGUUCGCCAUGGACACAGCGGGAUUCGAGAACCUUGAGGGCGACACAAUCUACUCGGUGACCACCAAGGAGGUGAACGAUCGGCGUUCCACCACGGUGAAGUACAGCGUGUCGGUGUUCAGCCUGGAGAACCGGAGCUCCAAGAAGCUCGCAUGCCGCCUCAACAAGCUGGAGAUGGCCCUGCGCGGCGAGUCGCCAUCCUGGACCAUACCAAGCUUGAACGAAGGCUGAAUGGAAUCGGAGAUUGCCGGAUUGGUGUUCUUGAAGCGAUGAUGACAAUCUCUGGCUCUCGGUAAAUUCUUCUCUACCCUUGCAGUUGCAUCAGCCGGGCAUUCAGUGAAGUUCAAAUCAAUAAUUCUGUUUGAUAUAUUGUUCUUUGUCUCCGUUCCUGUACAUCUUGUCGAUUAAAAUACCGAAGCUUAGUUUCCUAAGGUGUAUCUGUUGGAAACUUCAAGUUUCGAUGUCCACUGUCAAUGUUGCACUUGAAUAAAGGUUUAUGUCCUUAUGAUACUCCAUUAAAGUUGUGAUGUUUCAGUUUCAUA